UAGCAAGACAGGAGGUUGAGUGUUUACCCGUAUACUAGUCAUAUUGAUAGUGGAAUUGAGCUGCAUUUCUUAAAAACUAAAGUAAAGUUCACUACAUAAUUUCAUUUUUGCAGACUCACGAUCACUGUUUGCCAUCUCUUGAUAGCAGCAGUGUAUAAGCUAGGAUCCUAUCGGGAAAUCCGUUUGUGUGUAGUUGACCGUGUUUGUAUAGUAAUCUCUGCAUGCCCCCAAAUCAUAUUGCUUGACCCGUACAUAUCCACCCAUCUCCAUAAGGAGUCUUCACUUCACCGUUCUAGACCUGAAUUUGACGAAUACUACUACUCAUAACAUCUUCAAGACGUCAGACAUGGCUCCACUCGUCACCCUAAUCACUGGAUGUUCUACCGGCAUUGGUCUUGCGACAGCCGUCAAGUUGGCCAAAGAUGCCAAUAAAUACAUAGUGUACGCAACCAUGAGGAACCUGGCGAAGAAGGGAGACCUUGAGCAGGCUGCAGGCAGCGCCCUCAACGAUACCCUGUUUAUUCGGCAGUUAGAUAUCACCAAAGAGGAAUCGAUUGUGGAUGCUGUUAAAACAAUAAAAGAGAAGCAUGGCAAAGUUGACAUUUUAGUUAAUAACGCUGCAUUUGGAUGGAUGGGGCCACUUGAGGAGAUGACAAUGGCUCAUAUGAGAAAUAUGUCAGAAACCAACAUCGUAGGAACAUACCGGAUGACACAGGAAGUAAUACCUAUCAUGAAGCAACAGAGGUCAGGUCGUAUAGUCAAUAUCAGCAGUCUUGGUGGAAUUAAUGGUUUUCCAUUUAGUGAAGUUUACAGCGCAACGAAGUUUGCCAUGGAAGGAUUCACUGAAGCUCUUCAUCCUGUAUUGAAAUGCUUUAAUGUCAAGAUCAGUACUGUCUGCCCAGGUCCAGUUUUAACCAGUUUCCAAGAAAACAUGAGUGCCAACCAAGAUCCAGAAGCUAAAUCGUCUGAUGCAGAAGACCCAACAAAGAAGAUGUUCACAGGUUUCAUGGGUGCAUUGAUGGCCCCGAUGAAGGCAGCGGCCCAAAGUAGUGAUGAGAUUGCUGACGUCAUUAUAGAUUGCAUCAAAUCGGAAGACCCCGCCCUACGAUGUGGAACCAACGAGAAUACCAACAAACGUCUGAGGGAUCGCUUCAAUGGCGGCAUCGGGGAUGCUGCGGCGCAAACCUGGUAUAAGAUGAUGCAGCCUGCUUCAAAGCAUUGAGGAAAUAAUCUCUACCUUGAAACAGUCAAUGAAACGUUCUACUUCUACCCAAUUUAUCUUCCUUUCUCCUUCUGCUUUCUUUAACGGUUUCCCUUUUUUCAUCUCCCACACCUUCUCUCCGUUUACCCCUCCUUCCUCCAUUUCACAAUAACUGAUAUAUAGCCAAUGUUUAUAAAGCGCUUUUCCCAGAAUGGCCCAAAGCGCGUUACAGCAUAUUAUUACCACGGUCAUUGGAUUCAUUUCGA